CAAUCCGCAGCUGUCAUUAGGCGACGAGCGAAAAGCGUGCGAACGCAAAAAUCUGCUGGAACCGGAGAAGUUGAGUCGCUUCACGAUGUUAACACUGACACUGAGACAGCUGAUCAGGCCCGUGUGCCGGCGUGUUCCCUCCACGGCCCGCGUCAGAUCCCAGCAUUCAGCGCCGGCGGUUGCUGAUGACGAGCGCUCGUGGACGGGACAGGAGAGUCUGGCUCAGGACGAUCCGGAGAUGUGGGACCUUCUGCAGAAGGAGAAGGACAGACAGAGCCGAGGACUGGAGCUCAUCGCCUCUGAGAAUUUCUGCAGUCGUGCGGCUCCUGAAGGAUACCCGGGAAAAAGGUAUUACGGCGGGGCGGAGGUGGUGGAUCAGAUCGAGUUGUUGUGUCAGAAGAGGGCUCUGGAGGCGUUUGACCUCGACCCGGCGCUGUGGGGCGUCAAUGUUCAGCCGUACUCCGGAUCUCCGGCUAACUUCGCCGCUUACACAGCCGUCCUGAACCCUCACGAGCGCAUCAUGGGUCUGGACCUGCCUGACGGCGGACAUCUCACUCAUGGCUACAUGUCUGACGUCAAGCGGAUCUCAGCCACCUCCAUCUACUUCGAGUCGAUGCCCUACAAACUCAACCCUAAAUCCGGUCUGAUAGACUACGAUCAGAUGGAGUUGACGGCGAGACUCUUCAGACCCAAACUCAUCAUCGCCGGCACCAGCGCUUACGCUCGCCUCAUCGACUACAGCCGCAUCAAGAAGCUGUGCACCGAGCUGAACGCGUACAUGCUGGCGGACAUGGCUCACAUCAGUGGACUGGUGGCAGGCAAAGCCAUUCCCUCGCCUUUCCAACACGCCGACCUCGUCACCACAACCACACACAAAUCACUGCGAGGAUCCAGGUACACCUCAACCAGAGACCAGUGGCUCUUCUGUGAUCCAUUUCUCAAAGCAUGUGUGCAGUACUAUCCAGAUUUGUCUCUUCAUUCGCUCUCUCCUCAGGCCGCGACGCCCAUGUUUCGUGAAUACAUCGCUCAGGUUCUGAAGAACUCCAAGGCCAUGGCCGAGGCGCUGCUGAAGAAGGGCUACACGCUGGUCUCGGGAGGAACUGAUAAUCAUCUGGUUCUGGUGGACCUGAGGCCUCAGGGGAUGGACGGAGCGCGGGCCGAGCGGGUUCUGGAGCUGGUGUCCAUCACGGCCAACAAGAACACCUGCCCUGGAGACAAGAGCGCACUGACCCCCGGCGGCCUGAGGCUCGGAUCCCCUGCUCUCACGUCCCGUCAGUUCAAGGAGUCUGACUUCCAGCAGGUGGUGGAUUUCUUCGAUCAGGGCAUCAAGAUCGCUCUGGACGUCAAGAAGAAGACCAAAAAGCUGUCAGAUUUCAAGAGUUUUCUGCUGGAGGACUCGGAGACGGCGUCUCGUAUCGCUGAUCUGCGUCAAAGCGUGGAAGCGUUUGCUCGUCCGUUCCCCAUGCCUGGAUUCCACGACCAUUAAAGCAGCAGCGAACGAACGCGUUAUUUCUUUUCUUUAGAUUUAAGAUCAGUCACUACAUUAUUAAUCAUUUACUAGAACUAAAAGUCUUAAAACGAGCAGUAGUGCAUGAAGCUACCAACAUGAGUUGAAAUGAUUUAUUCCUCAUGUGUGAUCCUUUCAUGACAUCCAGGACUCGAGUAACAUCUAUAUCUUCCAUUUCGAGUGAGGAACAACCGUUUCUAACAGACUAAUGAUGCUAAAUGUUUACAGACUGCGAUUUCCAUUCGGAGCCGUUUUUCUGCUGGAGUCUCGGUAGUUUGAGUUCUUCUUCUCCUUUGAUAAUCGAAGCUGUUUUGUAAAUGUACAGCAGUGUGUGUAAAGACUUUAACUGCGUUGUUUGUAUUGGCUCAGUGAUUUCUGAGCGCUCAUACAAAC